CUGCAGAGCUUCAAGGAUGAUGCCACUUUGCAUCUUUAUCCUGCUCCUCUGUCAGGUGCUAGCUGUUGAGACCUCAGGAAUAACUCAGGAUAGUGGCGUCAUAACAGCUCAAAUUGGGGAGAAUGUCACUUUGAAAUGCUUAUGUCAGGACGAUGUUGUAACUUACCUCUCUUGGUACCAGCAAAGCUUGGGAGGCAAACCUCUUAUUAUAUCAACUCGUAUGAGGCUGAACACAGAAGCUUCUAUAUUCCCCGCAUUUAAAGAAAGGUUUCAAGUCUUAGCACGUGAAGGCAUCAAUGAUCUCAUGAUCAAAAAUCUUCGUCCAUCGGAUUCUGCAACAUAUUACUGUGGGAGUUUAGAAUUCAACGCGAUUGAAUUUGGACAGGGAGCUUUCCUUCAUGUCAAAGCCUCACUGUCCAACAUCCACGCGGUCGUCCACCAGCCAACACUGCAGCCACUGCGUUUGGGAGAAUCUGUGAAUUUGAGCUGUACAGCGUACGCUGAAUCAUGUGCAAGGGAGCAGAGCCUCUACUGGUUCAGACAUGGAGCCGCUCAGCCUGUUGUCAUGUAUCACAGUGCGGGAGAGUGUAUACAGCUCUCCAAUGGACAGUCUCACAUGAAAAACUGCACUUUAAACCUCACUUUAAAGUCUGUUGAUGCCACUGAUGCGGGGAUGUACUACUGUGCUCUGGCUUCCUGCGGGGAGAUUGUCUUUGGAAAUGGAACAGAAGUGAAGAUUUUAGUUGAAGGUUCUACCAAAGCCCCUCUUCUCCUGGUCUACAGCCUGAUUGUGGCAUUGGCAGUGUCUAUUAUCAUACUUCUGAGCUUGGCAUUUAUCAUGUACAAGUUGAAAAAAAAGAUAUGCUCUGUCUGCAAAGGAACUGCUUCUCAUGUGGCAUGUUCUGCAGCUCCUGACGUUGCGAGCCGAGACACAGACAUCCAUUAUGCUGCUCUGAGUCUAAACAGAACCAGUGAACGACAUCGUCUAGACGACAACAUGGAGAGUGUCUGUGUGUACUCCAGAGUGAAAAGCAGGAAGUAGUGUAGUUGCCUUCAACCAAUUCAACAAAUGUUAUCUCUUUCUUGUCAAUCAUUUGCAAGUCAAGUGACUACAUGUAUAAAAAUGUUGAGUAAUUU